CAUAGUCAUUCUUCACCAUUUGGUGAAUCUUACCGAUUUACAUUCUCCGGGAAUAACAAUUAAAAAAUCGACCUGUAAAUUGUGCAUGCGAUUAAAUAAUUGUAUCCCGCGACAAUACGCAUUAUCAUCGCUCGACGAUAGCUUCAUCUCUGGCGAGAGUGAAUUUCAACGAUCUUUGCGCAGUUGACGCUAGCUGACAAAACCUCUGUCCGUAAACGAUGAUCGCCGUUCGAUCGAUCUGUGUCUCGAUCGAUCUCUGGCAAAGUGGCAAACAAUGGCAUUUAUAACAGUUUAUUGGAGUUUGGACGUCAUAAUAAUUUUUCUAACUAUCAUGGCAACUGCUUACCUUUAUAUGACGCGCAAUUUCAAAUACUGGAAAAAACGGGGUAUUUUGGAAAUGACACCGACGCCUUUCUUCGGCAAUUUCAAGGAGUGUUUAUUUCUGAAGAAAGCACCGGCGUAUUUCCUAAAGGAUAUUUACGAUGAAACGAAGGGCGUACCGUACGCGGGUUUCUACGUAUUGGACAAACCCUUCCUGCUGGUUCGCGAUCGAGAACUCAUCAAGAAAAUUUUAGUGAAAGAUUUCAACUGCUUCUCGGAUCGACAUAAUUCGGCAGAUCCUGCGGAUCGCAUAGGAUACGCAAAUCUCCUUUUUAUCAGAAAUCCAGCCUGGAAGACGAUAAGAACGAAACUAACGCCGUUCUUUACGUCUGGUAAAAUGAAGAAGAUGUUCGAUUUGAUGAUAAUAUGCGUAAAGAAUUUAGAUGAAUAUCUCAAUUCACUACAGUUAGAGGGUGAGGGAAAGACAAUAGAAGUAAAAGAUUUAAGUGCCAAAUUUACCACGGAUAUAAUCGGCAGUACCGCUUACGGGCUCGACGUGAAUUCAUUCAAAAAUCCAGACGCAGAGUUCCGCAAAUAUGGCAAGAUGAUGUUUCAGUUUAAUAUGAUUCGCGGCUUGGAGAUGCUCGCGAUAUUUUUUCUUCCAACUAUAACUCGUUUGGCACAUUUAAAAAUGUUCGGCAAACAGCCCACGGACUUUCUGCGAAAAGUCUUUUGGGAGACGCUCACUCAGCGCAUAAAAUCUGGCAUAAAGAGAAACGAUCUUAUCGACAUCCUUAUUGAACUUAAAAAUAGCAAUAAUAAGGAUCUACCAGAUUUCACGUUUGAUGGCGAUGAUCUUCUGGCACAACCAGUUAGUUUCUUUGCAGCUGGUUUUGAAACCUCUUCAACAACUACGGCUUUCGCAUUAUAUGAACUUGCGGUGAAACCCGAAAUUCAGAAUACUCUGCGAAAAGAAAUUCUCGAGGCACUUGAUGAAACCAAUGGAGAAAUUACAUACGACAUGACAUCGUCGUUACCGUAUCUCGAUAAGGUGGUCUCAGAAACUUUGAGAAUGUAUCCACCAUUGGGUUAUAUAAAUCGUAUGACUAAUCAGACUUAUGAAGCGCCAGAAUUCAAUCUCGUAAUUGAGAAAGGUACACCAAUUUAUAUUUCGAUGCUUGGCCUGCACUACGAUCCGGAACAUUUUCCCAAUCCGAAUAAAUUCGAUCCGGAACGAUUUAAUGAAGAAAAUAAACGUAGCAGACCGGCAUGCGUUUAUUUCCCAUUUGGAGAAGGCCCACAUGCGUGUAUAGGCAUCCGCUUCGGGCUUUUGCAAACAAAGCUAACAUUGCUUCAGAUCUUAAGCAAAUACGAGGUGACACCGUGUGAAGAAACUAUAGUACCAAUGACAAUUGAUCCGAAAGGAGUCUUGACAGUGCCCUUAAACGGUGUAAUCUAUCUUAAUUUCCGAGAAAUUAAUACUCGUGCUUAAACUUUAUUAA